ACCUGCAGUUCGCAAGUUGGCUAGCGUAGGCAAGUUUAAUGAAGCUCUCAGCCAACACAGUGACUCUGUCUUCUUUCUCUACAUUGGGAAUGACGAUGAGCAUGAGGAUCUCUUUAAAAAAUAUGUCUCCUCAGCAGAAACCCACCUCAUUCAUUCCUACUUUUACUAUGGAAGGAGACAUAUUAUUGAGGAUAGAACCCUGCAAAGACACCCGACUGUCCUGGUUUUCAAGGAUAAGAAAUAUUAUGAAUAUGAAC